AUGGACUCUCUCAGCACUGUGACUGACCUCUAUGAUCCACUGCCUCCUGGACAUGUCCGCCUCCUAGACUUUACCAACGCCCAGUAUCAAGAUGGCGACAUCUCAUGCUCGCUCUUCUCCGCCUGCCUGGACUCCGCGCCAGACUAUGCCGCCCUGUCGUAUGCGUGGAAGGAAGAGGGCGAGUCGGAUCCCGAAGGCCGCCUCAUCGUCAAUGGACUUGCAGUGGAAGUCCAAAGUAACCUGUACAACGCCAUCAGGUCGUUGUGCAACACGAUGCGCGCCGAUGAGCUAAUGCUAUGGGUGGACUUCAUCUGCAUCAAUCAGGCCGAUCUGGAUGAGCGUGGUCACCAGGUCCAGCUAAUGAGACGGAUAUACGAGCAAGCGACGUAUGUCGUUGCAUGGCUGGGCUUGCCUCACCGGGACGAACAGAUACAAAAAGCUAUUGAAUUUAUGGAGUUCUUCACCACCGUGCACAACAAUCACCCUGGAGCCGAGCCCUUGGCGAGCUUUUGA